ACACGUUAAGUUUCCUGCUGGUGGGGGAUUGGGGUGGUCAGACACAGUACCCCUACCACACGGACAUAGAGCGGGGAGUGGCUCGGCAGAUGGGGGUAAUCGCCGAGACCGUCCGCCCGGAUUUCAUCCUUUCUCUAGGGGAUAAUUUCUAUUCCAGUGGUGUUCAAACCGUGGACGAUAUACGUUUUCGGGAAACAUUUGAAAAGGUAUUCACACAUCCGCUUCUCAGUGUGCCCUGGUACAUAAUCGCCGGCAAUCACGACCAUAGAGGAAAUGUCCAAGCCCAGAUAGACUACACCCAAGCCUCCAAACGCUGGUACUUUCCAGACUUCAAUUAUGUGAAGGCCGUUUCUUUGCCCGACGGAACAGCCGAGUUGACAAUGGUCUUCAUCGACACCGUACUCUUGUGUGGGAUAACUGACAUGUACUUUCCGGGACAGGCUCCAAUCAAUGCGGAGGAUGAGGAGCUAGCCGAUGAGAUCUGGUCAUGGCUGGAGGCACAGCUUCAGCAGUCACGCUCUGAAUACUUGCUGGUGGUUGGUCAUUACCCUGUGCUGUCUGUGGGGUACCACGGUACGACGUUGUGUCUAGUUCAGCGGCUGAGACCCCUGCUGUUUCAGUAUAACGUGAGUGCUUAUCUAGCCGGGCACGACCAUAAUCUUCAGCACUUUACGGAUUCAAAGGGACCUAACUCGGUGGAGCAUUUCGUUAUCGGCGCAGGCGCGCUGUUGAACACAAACAGGAGGAAUAAUCACAGUGUUCCAGUCGGAUCGCUCAAAUACUUCUGGCCUGGCGGGGACAGUGCGGACUCCACAAGCAGCGAUCGAACGGGAGGGUUUGCCUACGCUAUCAUGGAUAAUCAACGACUUAACAUUACGCUGGUGGAUGGCCGAGGGAAAGACUUGCAUCAGGUUACGGUAGCUAGCAGAAAUGUUGAUCCCCAGCGUUAGAACGUUUGAAGCGUUGUUAGCAGGAUAGCUACAGAUAUGGACAUUGAUUUAGUUGCCCAUUUGCCAACUUCAGUCCCCAGAAUUCAUAUCCUCAAACAUUCGCGUGGUGCCAGAUAUAAAGCUUCCACGUUUCUCCACAACUAUAAAAAAUAUCAGCGAAGCAUGACCGCCAUUCUUAUGCAGACUUGCUGAUAGAAUAGAAAAGUUUUUGUGACCUUGUUUCUCUCCCCCCCCCCCCCCCAUCUGUUAAAACUGUGCAAAAUCCUGUUAUAUUUUAACUCAAAAUAAUAUUUCAGAAAUAUAUAAGGUAUAUCAACAAUCUUUAAUGUCUAUAUUAUCAGUGCCCUAGAACUCUUCAACUGGGAUGUUGCACAAUUGCACGAAUCGCGCAUGUGUAACCUACAGUCUCUGAAGGACAAAUCACAGUGCACGUGUUUCGAGCGUAACCGAGUGACAGCCCCUUGACGAAAAUCUCUAGUACCUUUUGUACUCAGCUUGUGGUGUUGCGAUUAAAUUUGCAAGGUAUCCAGUAUCGGUUACAGGUCGGCGAGUUGGUUACUGAACGACCUUCAAAACACCUUUUGUUACGAGUUUAGCUUUAGUUUUGUUUUAGUAAAUACUACAUGUCUUUUAAAACUAAUUCAUUGAUAUUUAUUUAAGCAGAUAAUAGAAUCCUAGAAUUUAAUCAGUUAUUCAUUCCCAUCAAUUUUGUUCUGUCAGCAACCUACGGGUGGUCGUGGGUUUCCUCCAGACUCUGCCCUCUUGUUUUCUCCCACUAUAAUGCUGACCGCCGUCGAGUAAGUGAAAUACCCUUGAAUAUGGCAUUAAAAAACCAAUCAAAUGAAUAAAUAAAUAAAUUCCAAAGUAGCCAGUAUAAUAAACAAAGUAGAAUAUGGUGAUAAGGUAACGGUCGACACAUCAUCACAUUAAACCUAGCGAAACAUUGUCCAAAAUGUGUCAUGAAAUUAGGCGUGGUGUUAUACCAUAACCAUUUAUAAAUCUAGGCUUUAAGGCAAAAG